CGUACUUCCGAGGAAUCGUGGAUAUUGUUAAGGAAGAUCGAGAAAAUUUCGAAAAAUAUUCUAUUUAUUAAUGUUAGGAGCAAUGAAUUUAACUGGUUGAAAGAAGUACAAAAUGAGCUUGCCAAUGAAACACAAGAAGAUAACAAGACAGUAAUACUUGUUGAGGAAGGAAACUUUGAAUCUGGUCUCUUAGGAUUCAUUAAUUGCUUACAGAAAGAACCUGGAGGCAAAAUCUUUCGAGCUGUUUUAGUUCAGGAUCUUACAGCCCCGAAUUUUUCGGGGUCGACAUAUUAUGAGACUCAGUUCAAACAAAUGCUUAUCAAAUCUUUGCCAAAUGGACGACAUUUUUUCUUGGACCGUACCUGAAAGUUGGAGUUUGGAAGAUAAAGCGACAGUUCCAUGCGUAUAUUUCACAUGUAUAGGUGCGCUUAAUAUUAACGGAGAAAUGAAAAAAGGUGAUAAAAUACUUAUCCACUUUGGUGCUGGUGGUUUUGGCCAAACUGCGAUUAUCUUGGCUCUGCACGAAGACUGUGAAGUAUUUACUACCAUUGAUACACCAGAAAAACGUAAAUUCAUUAAAGAAACUUUUCCCAGUAUCGACGAUAAUCAUAUUGGAAAUUCUCGAGAUACUAGCUUUGAACAAAUGAUUUUGCAAGAAACCGACAGUACAGGUGUAGAUAUAGUUCUAAAUUCUUUAGCGGAAUAA